GGAACAGUUUGUUGUUGCAAAACUUACUGACACCGUCAGUUAUAUACAACAGGAGCCUUUAGAUACACGUAAUGAAUUUGUUUUUACACCAAAAAAAGAUUUGUUCUUUUUGUUGAUUCUGUCCAAAGCAUAAUAAACAACGAAUGAAAGUUUGGAGUUCAAGGAUGGUUUGGUUUCCUUCAAUGAUCUAUGGUCUGUACUUAAGAUUUUAGAGGCACGUCAAGUUUUUCUUGCGACUGUUGCUGAAAGUUUGCAACCCCAUUGUUUGACGAUAUCAAUGAGAACAUUAGGUUUUGCGAUACGUUGCCCUCACACUCGCCUUGUUCCUUAUUAAAAAGUAAUCCUUGUGCUUAAACACCUCAAUUGGAGAAAAAAACAAAACCCAAAAAACUAGUGCUGAAGUCAGAGGCCUGUUAGAGUGAGAAAAUGAACCAUUUAUGGUUUGGAAUCAAAACCCUAACCCUAACCAACUUAAACCCUUAAACCCCACUUUCACUUGAUGGGUUUCCGCUGAUGGAAUAUGUGUUUUCUGUUGAGGAAAUAAGCUGCAUUCUCCACAUCGGCAUGUUGGCACGUGCUGGUUUCGGAGUUAAGUGAUUUUUGCCGUGUGUUCGGAGCGGGGCAUCAGUGCGGGUGCUUCUGCGGUGUCCUUUCGUUGAGGUUUGAGGGUUGAACUUAUACCUUGCGUGCUGCAAUUUUGUAGAGAAUUUUUACUAUUAUAACUAGUUCUGUUCCAGGUUUAUGAUGCAAUCGGUUUGGCGAUCGUGUCCGUUCUGAGGAUACAGAAGUUUUGUGGGGUUUGAGUAGCCCUCGUGCAAUUUUUCAUCGAAAAUGGGAAUCUCUAGGCGAGCUUUGAUCAGGCUGGUGCCUCUCUCUCGAAACGUGAUCGCUCGGAAUCGUCAAGCUUUUGCAGGCGUGCACGAUGGAGCCUCUGCUAAUCAUUAUGAGAAAUCGAUUGUAGAAAGUUAUGGUGGGAAUGGAGUUAUAAACAUAAAUGCUUCCAGCAGCUCCCAGGUUUUAAAUCAGCGUCAAGUUUCCGAGCAGAAAUAUAUCCGUACCCUGUUAUCUGGAACCGUGGUUUCAAAUUGUUCGAGAAACACUCGGAGGGACUUGCAUACUUCAUCCCUCGAAUUACAUAGAUGGCGGAAUGUCCCACAUACAAGUAGCAGAUUGGGCAGUUUUGGCGACCGAGUUUGGUUAGGAUAUAGGUACAACAGCGCUGAUGCGCACUCUGAUUCAGAAUCCAAGAAAGGUCUGCAGGAGAGUCAGAUUGGACAAGAACUAUUGUCCGAUGAUAAAGAACAGUCCUCUGCAGCCCCAUCAGUCACUUCGCAAGAGUUGAAACUAGCUCAUGGUGAGACCCUAUCGCCCGAGGAGGAGGCUAUUUUGAAGGAAGCUGAGGCUGAAUAUGAAAGUGCUCAACGUGAAGAAGAUCCAAUUAGCGUGGAAAGUAUUCAGGAAAUGUUGAAGGAUUUGUCAGCUGUAGCAGACCCAAAAGAUCCUCGUAUUGCCAUUGUUUCUUUGAGGUUAGGUCAGGAGUACGAAGCCAGGGGCGAAGACCCCAAAACCUUCUUGAAACUAGGAGAACAAGCCCUCAGCAUCUUUCAAACAGCCGGAGAAUUUUCUCUAGAGAUUGGAAUGUGCUACCAUCUCAUUGCUUUAGCCCAGCAUAGAUUGGGGCAACAGCAUUUAAGCCUCGAAAAUCUGUACUUAGCAUUGUCCCUUCUCAAGGAUAAUGAAGAGAAAGAGAGUGCACCAGUGAAGUUUGCUGUUCAAUUUCUGCUGGGUGACACUUUGUCAUCUAUGGGGAAACAUGAAGAAGCCCUCCAACACUAUGUUGCGGGGCUGGCUGUCCAAGAGACUAUAAUGGACGAAAGUCAUCCGCAAUUAGCCUCCAACUAUCGGCAGGUUGGUGAGGCGUUCACUCAGGUGAUGUUAUUUGACGAAGCAAAAGCGCUUGUUGAAAAAGCACUUGAAUCUCACAUCAAAAUUAAUGGCCAAGGCUCUAUGGACGAAGCUAUCGAUCGCCGUCUCCUGUCUGUUAUUUACAGUGGUCUGGAAGAGCAUAAUAAAGCCCUGGAAGAGCAAUUGAUUGUGAAGUCCAUCUUGAAUGAAAAGAAUUUGGAGUCUGAAGCAGUGUUUGUCGACAUUGCCAUUGCCGAUACUCAAGUCGCUUUGGGUAGGUUUGACGAUGCAAUUGUAACUCUUCAAAAUGCCAUCUCCCACUUGGAGGAAGGUAGCUCAAUGAGGGUUCUUGCAACUGUAAACCUUGCUAAGGCAUAUACCCAGCAGAGAAACAAUGAGAAAGCUGAAGAACAUUCCAGGGAGGCUAUUGCGAUUCUCAACUCAAAGCUUGAAGGCUCGACAGGAGGAGAUAGUACUGAGUUGCUCGCGGCUGGGGAGUGUUACACAGAGUUAGCUGCGAUCUAUCAACACAUGAACCAGCCUGACGAAGCGAUAUCUCUCCUAGAGAAAGGUCUCUCCAUCUACAAGCAGUUGCCGCAGCAACUGAAUGCUACUGCAGGCUCGCAAGCUCAAAUUGGUAUGCUCCUUCUUUUCAAUAGGAGAGUACAUGAGGCUAUACCCUAUAUGGAAGAGGCUGCCGCGAAUCUGAGACUGAGUUUUGGGGCUGGACACUACUCCCUCGCGCUUGUUCUAAAUCAUUUAGCCGUUGCUCACGUCGAGCUAAAGAACCUGACCAAGGCAGUUGAACUUUUUGAAGAAGCAAAGAGUAUAUAUAUAAAGACACAUGGACCCGGCCAGCAAGACACGCUUUCAAUUUAUUACAAUUUAAUGAAAGUUUAUGGAGAAAUGAGCAGGAAGGAGGAAGCAAUUGCAAAUGCCACACACAUUGUAGCGGAGUUGGAGAAGAAGGGUGAACCAGCAAAAGAUGCUCUGGCUGCAGCACAGAAGGACUUGGCUGACCUCGAAGGAUCUCAGAGCAUCUCGCCACCAGAGAGUACUUAAGGAUCAACGGCGUUCAUGAAACUUGUGAUUGGCGAGAUUGGUGAUUGAUGCGGUGUUAUAGAACUUCUUCAAGUCUAUUUGCCAGUUCUUUCGGUCCAUGCCCCGCUUGAUUACCAGAACAGGCAUGAAGUAUUGAUAUGGUUCUGAUUUGAUCUCCAAGGCUGUGUUGUUUUCGAUCUGACUGGUGAAUUUUUAGCAGCCUGUAAACAAUAUGUCAGGGAAUUUACCAAGCACAUUCUACAUUUAAUGGAAAUCUUGCAGGUCAGAAGGUUUCUUUAGACCAAGGUACUCGGAUUUGUUUACGAAACCUUAUUUCGAUUUUUCAAAUACUCUCACAGCAGUCCCGUAGAACUCAUGCUGGCCCAUGUUGAUCAUUAGAUGGGCAAGUUAGUUUUUGCAGUUUAGUGGUCUAUUGAUACACCGUUUAGGAUAUUUCGUUGAAAAUUGUGCCUGGCCUGUGCGCUACGACUUUUAAGCACUGGUCUGUUACAGGUUUUCCUGACAUGUUCUUCAAAUUUUUUACAGAGAUUUGCAGGCAAGUUUAAUAAAGGUAGCAGAUAAACUAGACUCUA